AUGGGUGAUGGAUGGACAGAUACUAGGCAAAGGUCGUUGAUUAACUUUUUGGUGUAUUGUUCAAAGGGCCUAUCAUUCAUCAAGUCUGUUGAUGCCUCAAAUUUCAUAAUGGAUGCUGAAACAUUAUGUAAUCUUUUUGCAGAGAUUGUUGAGUUUGUUGGUCCAAAUAAUGUGGUUCAUAUGAUGACAGACAAUGGUGCUAAUUAUAAAAUUGCUGGGAGGAAACUUUCAGAGAGAUGUCCUACUAUUCGAUGGUCUCCAUGUACUUCUCAUUGUAUCAAUUUGAUUAUGAAAGAUAUGUCAGAGAUGAAUGAUGUGAAAAAUGUUGCUACUUUAGCUUCAAAGGUCACUGUUUUCAUCUACAAUCACAAAUGGACCUUGAAUUGGUUAAGGAUGAGGCCUAGUUGGAAAGAGAUAGUUCGUCCAGGAGCUACUCGUUUUGCCACAACAUUUAUUGUAUUGAAGAGUUUAUAUGAUCACAAAGAUCACCUGCAAGCUUUGGUGGUAAGUGAUGGCUAUAAAAAAUUUCUUAAGAUGCCAAAAGGUAGAAAAGUUAAGCAAAUUGUUUUAUAUGAAAGAUUUUGGAACAAUAGCUUAAUCUUUGUCAGAAUAAUGACACCUUUGAUACGCCUUUUGCGCAUUUGUGAUUCUGAUGAAAAACCAUCAUUAGGGUAUGUUUAUGAUGAAAUGUAUAGGGCUCCAUAUUGGUUCAAUCCAGUUUUUCAAUAUGAUCAAGAAAAUUCUUGCAAAAAGCCAGAAAUUAUGAGAUUAGUUUUGGAUGUAAUUGACAAGCAAAAACUUUACAAGAAGCAAAAACUAGUUGAUGAUAUUCCAUUUUUUCGAGAUAAAGAGCAAGGUUUUUCACGAGAUUUGGCUAUUACAAGUUGCAGGACUAUUAGACCCGAUGAUUGGUGGAAGAUAUUUGGUUAUAAUGCGCUAACUUUGCAAAAGUUGGCAAUAAGAAUUCUUAGUCAAACAUCUUCUUCGUCUGGAUGUGAACGCAAUUGGAGUGUGUUUGAGCGUACACAUACUAAAAAGAGAAAUAGAUUAGAACAUCAAAGACUCAAUGACUUGGUAUAUGUUCAUUACAAUUUGCGUUUGCAAAAUAGGUCUAAAGUUGACAAAAGAUGUUAUGACCUUGUUGAUUAUGAAUCAAUCGAUAAAACUGAGUUUUGGAUAUUAGAAGAAGAGGAAGAAGGUAAACUUGACAUUGAUGAGCUAGAGGGUAUGAUUGAAGAACAUCCAAAAAAUGAUGAAGACAAUGAAGAUGCUGAAUUUAUGGUACUUGAUGAAGACAAUGAAGAUGGCAAAAGUGGUGCUUCAUUAGAGGAAGAUGAAAAUAAUGAAGAAGAUUGAUUGCAAUAUCCAUUAUGAGUUUGAAAUUGUGUUUGUUAGAGAUAAUUUGAAAUUGAG